ACAAAAGCUAUGGAGAACUCAACCCAAGUCAAGUUCUUUUAUCUCUUUGGCUUACAAGAGACAUUUAACAACAAAUCGGUCUAUUUUAUCUUGUCUCUUAUCACAUACCUUCUCAUCAUAACCGUGAAUUUGACUCUGAUCAUAACAAUCAUUCAGGAGAAAGGUCUCCAUGAGCCCAUGUAUAUCUUUCUGUGUAGUCUAAGUGUCAAUGGAUUGUAUGGAACUGCUGGUUUCUACCCCAAGUUUUUACUGGACCUUCAGUCAGAUGUUCAGGUGAUAUCUUAUGGUGGAUGUUUUACUCAAGCCUAUGUAAUAUACACAUCUGUCCUGUGUGAAAUUUAUACUCUAACAGUGAUGUCUUACGACAGGUAUGUGGCAAUAUGUAGACCACUACUAUACCAUAACAUUGUGACAUCUUUAACUGUUAGAAAGUUACUCUUAGUUGCUUGGUGUUAUCCUUUAUUUAUAGGACUCAUACCAGUUAGUUUAGCCGUCAGACUUCCUUUGUGUGGAUCUCGCAUUGAUAAACUCUUCUGUGACUGUCAGAGUGGUGUGUGUAGGUGA